AUGGAGAAAGUCACUGCUGCAAUUUUCGCUGCUUAUGCACUUUAUUAUUCUGCAUAUUACCUGACUCGGCUGGCACCCCUGGAUGAGAUUGUGAUCCAGUUGGAGUAUUCCGUGUCUGCAGCAGCAGUACUGACAGAACCAAGAGCCAUCUCUCCUCUGGCUCCCUCUGCUCCUGGGGAAGAAGCCCAAGAGGAGCAAAUUGAGGCGGAAGAGCUCCAGUUUCCAUCAGUGGUCACAGCAGAGCCUGAAUAUCCUGAGCCCGUGCUUCUAGAGAAAGAGCAGGAGCAGAUUGCUUCAACUGAGAUGCCAUGGCAGACUCAGGGAGAGCUGUUCCCAGCCCGAGAGCAGGAAGAGCAGCUCAGGGAGCAGGUGGAAGAGCCACAGGAGAAUGGCCAGAAGAUCAAGGCAGAGCCACAAGCAGAGCUGCCCGAAGCUCAGAGUGACAUCAUGGACAUGAAGAGAAAGAGCAAGGAAGACUUGAGAAGUAUUCAAGAGGAGAAUCUCCAGCAGCAGAGGGGCGAUCAACAAAACCAGGUGAGUGAAAAAGUGGCAGGCACUCCACCCAUGAAAUAUCCUCUCUCUUUUUUUUUAGAGAAGAUUAAGGCACAGCUGAAUGCAGAGCUUCAGACAGCUCAAACUCGGAUGAAGGCAAGGCUGAAGAGGCUGGAGGAUGAAAUGAAAACCAUCAGAAAGAAACUUAAUCCCCUCCCUCAGGCUCUACAAAAGCAAGUGGCCAUAAAGAAAAUAAAUCUAAAAGGACUGAGGAAGAAGAAAUUAAAAGUCAAUGAACUCAUGGUCAUGAAAAUUAAUAGGAAUCCCAACCUGGUCAACUAUUUAGACAGCUACCUUGUGGGUGAUGAACUCUGGCUAGUAAUGGAGUUCAUGGAUGGAGGCACUCUGAGCGACAUCAUCAGCAAGACUUGCCUGUCUGAAGACCAGACGGCAGCCAUCUUUCAGGAGUGCCUGCGAGGACUGUAUUUUCUUCACUCAAACCAUGUGAUCUACCGAGAUGUGAAGAGCUGCAACAUCCUUCUCAGAACCAAUGGUUCUGUCAAGCUGGCUGACUUUGGCCUCUUUGCUCAGCUCACCCCUGAGCAGAGCAGACGGAGCUCUGUGGCCGGCACUUCUGGGUGGCUGGCGCCUGAAGUGGUGACAGGCCAACCAUAUGGCCCCAAAGUGGACAUAUGGUCUUUGGGAAUCGUGGGCAUCGAAAUGGUGGAACGAGAAGUUCCUUGCAGGAAUGCAGUUCCUGUUUCGGCACAACUCUUGACAGCCAGGGGAGAGAGACCACAGCUGCGGCAGCCCAACAGAUUCUCGUCUUGCCUGCGUGACUUCCUGAGCUGCUGCCUGCAGAUAGAUGUGAGGUGUCGCUGGUCUGCCAAGGAGCUCCUGAAGCAUCCAUUUAUACGUUCAGCCAAGCCACCAUGUAUCCUAGCACCGCUCAUCAACGCAAUCAAAAAGAAGAAGGAGGAGUGGAGAAAAAGAAUGUAA